AAGCUACAGCCUACAGGCGGCGGCCCGGCCCUGCCGAUACCCUGAGCUGCCUUAGGUCUACAUUACACGCUAUGUACAGCUCUCGGUCAAACCAGCUUGAAGUUCUAACUUCUGACCGAAUAAUUUCAGACAGUCCUGGGUAGAGAACAACGUUCGCAGAAUUCUAGAGGCGUUCAUCAGUUGUGCUGUAGGGUCUGCUAGACUGCUCAUGGCUAGGCAAGGCUUUAAUUAGCCUCCUGUUACAAAACUUUCAAUCUCAGACGUAGCUUUGUGGCUGUACUGAAAACAAAGAAGGGGGAGAUUACCAUGCAAUGUAAGGUGGCAACUCUGCACUAGGAAGACGUAUGGCCCAGCACAGCACGCACAUGAGUCUUUGGAAGGAAGCUAAUGUCAGCCAGCUCUGCUGGAUUGCUAUCCUGCAGCUAACCUAGGAAAAAUCUUAAUAUACAAACAGGAGUACUUCACGCUUCUGCUAAUUUGCAGAGCAGGUACGCGAAAGAUCAAUCAAGGUGAUCUUGACAGCUCUCUUGCCACCGCCAGAUCAGCAGAAUCCAGACAAUCUUGAGGCAGACUGCGCUAGCUCAUAACAUGCACAGUGCAGUCGUGCUCCUAUAUUAGCCGUGGCAGAAGAGAAUUGAUGCUCUCUGGAGCUAGCCGGCUGGUUGCUCGCUUCUCAAGGAUGGCGCCCAAGCUGAAGAAACUAGGAUGGUCCGAUCUGAUGGUGUCGGAAGCGUGCAUUGGCACAAUGACCUUUGGUUCACAGAACACGGAAGUACAAGCGCACGAGAUUCUGGAUGCUGCUUUUGCUGCGGGCAUCAAUUUCAUCGACACCGCUGAGGUGUACCCUACUCCUCCAAACCCCGAGACAGUCGGGCGGACAGAAGAGUAUAUCGGGACAUGGCUCGAGAAGCAGGACAGGAAGAAGGUGAUUCUUGCCACCAAGGUCUGCGGCUACUCCAAGAACAGCCACACGCCGGGCAACCGGAGCAACCCUCCCUCCAAGGAGAAGAUGGACGCACGGGUGGAUACUGCAAACAUUGAGGCGGCGAUCGCGGGCAGCUUGAGGCGGCUUCGGACGGACUACGUGGACCUGUACCAGCUGCACUGGCCGGACCGCUACGUGCCGCUGUUCGGACAAUCCGUUUACGACGUCAAGUUGGAGCGCCCGAGCGUGCCCUUUGAGGAGACGGUGGGGGCCAUGGGAAAGCUCAUCAAGGAAGGCAAGGUACGCUACUGGGGCGUGUGCAACGAGACCCCCUACGGCGUGUGCGAGCUCGUGCGCGCGGCCGACAAGCUAGGCGUUCCGCGACCCAUCACGAUCCAGAACCAGUUCAACCUGCUGCACCGGUCGUUUGAGACGAGCCUGGCGGAGUUGGCGGCGCCCAGUCACUAUAACAUGGCACUCUUGCCGUGGUCACCGCUCGGGCAGGGGGUCCUGACCGGGAAGUACCUGGGCGGCGCGCGGCCAGAGGGGGCGCGGCUCGCGGAGAGCAAGAUCCCGGUGUAUCAAAUGUACCUGGAGGAUAAGGUUGGCCAGCUUGUGGCCCAGUACGUGGACUUGGCAAAAGAGCUCGACAUCACGCCGGCGCAGCUGGCUUUGGCUUGGGUCAACAGCCGAUGGUUCGUCGGCUCGACCAUCAUUGGGGCGACGAAAACGACCCACUUGAAAGAGAACCUGGACGCCUUUGAAAUUGAGCUUUCGGAGGACGUGUUGAAGAAAAUUGACUUCAUCCAUCUGCAGUGCAAAGAUCCGUACACUUUCAUCUGAUACAUGGACGCGGGGACUUGAUCGAUGAAUUGCUAUACUUGAUUUUACUUUGGGCACUGAAUCGAGUCAGGAGCUUACUUGCGCCUUCCGUCAAUAAUUGUCAAUGACCUGCUCACAACAAUAGGACGCCUUUCCUUUUUUUUUAAGAACGAGGUAUGGCGAAGUGGAGGCAACUGUCGCUACUUGACCGAAGACCUCACUUACCAUCUGAGCAUUGGCUACUUGCAUACCGUAUAUCAGGACUGCUGAAACGGAGCUUUCAAAGUAUCUCCCUCUUAAUUAUUGACGCUACUGCUUUUUAUCAUGCGGCAUUGAAGAGUCGUCAGAUACGAAGUCCAACUUGACCGCGGUUAGCUUGUCAGACUCCCAGCUUAUAUCAAGGUUACCACGUUAAGGAAGCCAGUCGGGGAACACGUCUCGAAAGGAAUCUCGAAGGUGAUCUUUUACUCUGCGACAGACUGCCUUACCAACUUCGAGGGGUAUCCUAGACGUGACUCGUGGCUUGUGAAUGAUUAAACCCAUUGUGAAAAAGAAGUCUUGCAUGGCAGCAGCUGCUGGAUAGGAGGUAGGAAAAAAGGAGAACGCUGGCUAGCUGACGCCUCUGAUAUAAUAGGACUGGAAGUGCCAAACCAGGAUUCCUUUCGUUGAUACACCCUCCUUGACCACCAGAGAUCACCCUCAGACUGAGGGCUUUGACAGGCUCCAGCUUUCUACUAAGUUCCUUUCAAUCAGCAACGCUCGUGCUUCAUCCCCGUUCUCACUUGAGCCGUCAAAUCAAACGAAAGAGGGUUCAGACGAAUCAAGUAUACUUCUUUAGCAGAGGUGCUCGCAAAAGGUUUUCGGCGCUGGCGGGACUCGAACCCGCAUCUCUCAGCCGCCAGCACCAGGCGACGCCCGUCUUCG